GUUCCCAUACCUGUGCACAUAUGACAGACAGCCUUAACCUGCAGGUCGGCCUGUUACUCCAGCAUGUAUGUCCACGCUGGACACACACCUGGACCUUGACCACUGGGGCAGUACACUGACCACGGUGAGAGUCGGAUGACUGGGAGAAGGUGAUGUGAUACGCAAAUGGCUGCUCGGAAAUGGACACCAACCAAGAGGCCGCUUCCCGUCAGAGCAGUUAUGGCGGCAGUAGUGAGAUCAUGUCGUGCAGUGAAAGUUUGGACACCGAUGAAACUGAUGAACAUUCCUCGGAGGAGGUCGAAAAUGAGGGCAGCUUUUCUUUUCGACGGUUGUCAAGGCACCAAAAGUGCGUCCUCGUCAGCAUCUGCUCCACAAGCUUCAUCAUCAUGAUGAGCGAGUCCAUUAUGAGUCCCCUCUACCCCGAGGAGACGGAGGUGCGUGGAAUCAGUUCGUUCGUGUCCGGAUUGGUGUUUGCCGCGUACGCUCUCGGACAAGUAAUCUUUGCUCCACUUAUUGGUAAAUAUAUCCCAACUAUUGGAUCCAGAUUCGUUUACCUAGCCGGAGUAUUUUUCGCUGGCGGGUGUACGUUACUGUUUGGUAUACUGGAGUACAUCCCAGUAGCCGACGGCCAGACCGUGUUCGUGGUGUACUGCUUCCUAAUGCAGAUCGUCCUGUCUGUAGGAGUCACUGCUCAACAAACUGCCACAUUUGCUAUGGCCUCCAAAGCGUUUGCGUCAAACUUUACAACCGUGUUUGGAUUGACAGAGGUGUUUGUGGGGCUAGGGAUGACGGUUGGACCUGCAAUAGGCGGAUUUCUGUACACGUUGGGUGGCUUUCACCUGCCGUUCGUGGUUGUUGGGUGUCUGAUUGUCCUUAGUCUUCCCUUCAACUACUUCCUCAUUCCAGCUGUGCGGGAUACCCCGCGCUUUGUGUCCACCAAUGACGAACGGGCACUUGCUAAACCAAAAGGAAUCUCGGCCACCCGAACAAUACUGAAAGACCCAACGGCGCUGGUCACUCUGCUGUCAGUGAUGCUGGGGGCAGGGGUGUGGGCAGUGUUGGACCCCAUACUGGAACCACGACUCACAGACUUCGGCUUAACUCCAGAAAUGAGCGGCGUGAUCUUCCUCAUCCUCUCUGCUUCCUACGCCCUGGGUUCUCCAAUCAGCAGCUGGGUUGCAGACAGGCUGCCGGACAACCGGAUCCUGAUGAUACCCGGCUUCAUGGUGUGUGCAAUAUCUCACUUACUGCUCGGCGGUUCUCCCCUUCUUGGCUUUGAUCCAGAUUACAGAGAGAUCUGGUUGACGAUCUUGUCACUGAUAACUCUUGGAUUUGCCAUCAGCAUGGCCGUCAUUCCAUCCUACGAGAUAGUGCUGGACGUCGCAACGGCCCGUGGUCUGGAUGACAACAUGGAAACUAAAGGAGCUGUUGCCGGGAUCUGGUGCUCUAUGUAUGCAAUGGGAGAUUUCAUAGGUCCCAUAUUUGGCGGAUGGAUGGUGGGUGUUGGUGGUUUCGAAUGGACCGUCACGUAUACAGGACUGGCGUGUGUUUUAGUUAGUAUUUUGCUGAUAGUUUCAGCAGUCUAUGACACAAAGUGCCGAAAACCCAGUAAAGGUCUCCCAGGCGAGGAACAAUCAGCUUGGUUGCUUCAGUAUACCCCUGAGGAUUACGUGACCUUCACAGAUGUGUAUUUGAAGAUGAUGCUACCUCCUUACCAACUUCCAUGAAGUGAUUACCUGUGUGUGAUAGAUAAAGUGUGCUUGACAUGCCGAUCUCAACCGACACCCUACAAACAGUUACUGUGAUGAGUGAAUUGUUGUGAGUCCGAGCUGUCUGGACAAUGAUUGAUAGAUAGCAAGACAGCUGUCACACUGAAUGUACAUUUCCACUAAAUAUAGCAUCCUACAUCUAUCAAAUCAUGUGUACAUACUACAUUUUCACCGAUCCUAUGGCUGUUCCAGAGAUGAGGGAAAUGGUGUGAUUAUCAUGCUUUGGGAGCCUUUUCACAAUACCAAGCAUUGGUCAGAUUUACUGUUACUUGCAGUAAAUAACAAAGGAUUACCUGCAGAUCACCUGCAGGUUACCCGUGGUUUAGCUCGACCCAUCAUUAACCUGGAAAGUGCUUUUUGUUUACCUGUAUGUAUGUGGUUACCUGUGGAUUCAGCCGUUGCGAGAUGAAGACAACGUGUAUCAGAAAUAUCUCCACAUGGCUGCGAAUUGUUUGCAGGUCUUAAUACGGGAUAUAUGCGUUGUACUGUUAUAAUGCACCAAGGAAUGGCUAUUUCCUGGUUGUUGGUUUCAGAUAUCGCCAGGCUUACCGUAUCAUCUUCAUGUAGUCCGAUGGAUACAUGUUUACAUUGUGUCGAUGGUCCCCGUGCUACUGCUACAAAGCCAUCUUGCUCCUGUAUUUCAGGAAUAUGAUACAGAGAACUAGCAUCCUUGGGUAACUCGGAUCAGUUUCUGUGAGACGAGUAUAAUAAUACAGAUAAAGUACGCUACUCAAAGAAGAUUAAGAACACCGAGUCACUGAUAUUACUGUACCUACUCUGUUGGGCCAUGACAAAUUCACGAUAGUAUUAUUAAAGUAGGGUUUUCUAAAAUAUCUUUUUAAAAGUAUUGAUUAUUCCUCUGUCUAAAGGGAGGCAGACUCUACUUCAUUUACCCGUGUGAGACAGAUGCCUUGUGCGACAUUGAGACGUUAUACAAGAUAACAAGAUAAUUAUCUAAGUUUAUCAUGAUUGUAUUUCUUGAUCUACAUAAUGAGCAAAGCGUUGAUGGAAUGAUCUAGUCAUAAUUGCUGCAAAUUCAUCCGCGUGGACUUUCAUUUAGUGACAUAUAAUUCAUGUUUCGUGUUACAAAGCAUGUGAACAUGUACAGUGAAAUACUGUAUAUUUUAGUCAAACGCAGGUGAGACUAAAACAUAUCUGAUUGUGGGGGCCAUUGGUGCUGAAGUUUAUCGAAAAGAGAAAUCGUGCACAUAUAGCAGAAUACAAUUUGAAUUUCUAUCUUGUUCAUUCCUUAAAAGGCGAACAAGACCGCAAUGUAACUCUUUGACUUUCCUAGAUAGAAGGCAGAAUGAUGGUAUUAUUUCCAAAUCAUACAGACCAUUACACGAGCUCAACAUGACAAUGCCCCAUUCUCUGACUCGUGUACAUUUAGUUAUGUACAGUGGAAGAAUCGACCUGACUCUCCUCGAUCUUUCCUUUAUGAACGCCCAAUGUCUUUGAUUAUCCUGAAGUAAAAAUGUAACAAGA